AUGGAAGCGGUGGCCGCACUCAGCUGUGAACAAUGCGCGUCCCAGCGCCAGUUCGUCCAGACAAAUGACGCACUCGGGGGCGUCUUCCAUGACUGCCAACGGGACGCUCUUGGCGGACGGCGCGGGCUCGGCCGACGCGGGGGCUACAGGUGCUGGACUCGGCGUGCUGUUAGCGUACGCAGCGCGGUGAAUCGGCCGCCGCCGCGCCUCCACGUCGCUCCAUCGCCGCACACGAACAGCGGCCAUGCUAACUUGCUUUAUGUCGGGAAGAACGACUGUCGCAGUUGGGAAAUCCAGAUCGAUUGUAAAUAUUCGGAAACUUUAACAUAA